AUGGCCAAUCGGGAAAUGGAUCUGGACGAGUAUGACCAAUACAUCUCCUCCAUGCGCCACGACGAGUAUUCCAUGCUAAGCGACGACUCGCUGUAUCUGGAUCAUGCCGGCACCACCCUCUACAGCAAGCGGCUCAUGGGCCGCUUUCACACCGAGAUGAUGGCGAAUCUGUACGGGAACCCGCAUUCGGCUUCGCCCUCGAGCCAGAGAUCUACGCAAAUGAUUCAGUCUAUACGGUUGCAGUGUCUAAGGCACUUUCAUGCCGAUCCAGAACACUUCGAUUUGGUGUUUACUGCGAAUACCACUGCUGCUAUUAAGCUCGUAGCAGAUGCGAUGAGGGAGGUGGAUGAUGGUUUCUGGUUUGGCUAUCAUGUUGACUCUCACACGAGUCUUGUAGGAGUCCGAGAGCUGGCUAUGAAAGGAAGUAGGUGUUUUGAAGGAGAUGCGGAGUUUGCGGCUUGGCUAGAUGAAGGUGGUGAGGACGACGAGACGACAAGACUAUUUGCAUAUCCGGCCCAAUCGAACAUGAACGGAAGGAGACUGCCACUAGAAUGGAGCAGAAGAUGCAGAGCGAGGCGACCGAGGACGUACACUUUAUUGGAUGCCGCUGCUUACGCUGCAACUUCACCUCUUCGCUUGGAUGACCCGGACCAGGCGCACGACUUCACUGUGUUGAGCUUUUCGAAAAUGUUUGGAUUUCCAGAUCUAGGAGCGCUCAUCGUCAAGAAAGACGCCGCGAAUGUCUUCGACCGGAGAAGGUACUUUGGUGGCGGCACUGUCGAUAUGGUUGUAUGCCUCAAGGAGCAGUGGCAUGCUAAGAAGUCGGCCUCACUCCAUGAAAGACUCGAGGAUGGCACACUCCCAGUGCAUAGCAUUUCUGCGUUGAAGUGCGCCAUGGAGACUCACCAAGAGAUCUUUCGCUCACUCGAGCAUGUCGCCAAACAUACUGCGGGACUGGCGAAACGGCUUUACGAUGGAUUGAAAUCUUUAAGACACGGGAAUGGAACUUCAGCAUGUAAGAUCUAUACCCACAAUGACUCUAGCUACGGUGAUACGGGGAAGCAAGGACCGACUGUCGCAUUCAACCUCCUCGAUCGACAAGGACGCUGGGUCAGCAACAAUGAAAUUGAGAAGCUCGCUUCGAUCAAAAACAUCCAUCUUCGGACUGGAGGCCUGUGUAAUCCUGGCGGUACUGCGACAAAUCUCAACCUGGCACCUUGGGAGAUGCGUGAGAACUUCUCCUCAGGCUUUCGAUGCGGCAGCGAAAGCGACAUCCUCAAUGGCAAACCAUCUGGUGUCGUCCGGGUCAGCCUAGGAGCCAUGAGUACUAGAAGUGAUGUGGAGAGGUUCAUCGAGUUCGUCAAAGAGUUCUUCGUGGACAAGACACCUGCCACUUCAAACCCGCCCUCACCUUUGGCACUCGGCGACGAAUCGCACAAAUCGAGACUGUACAUCGAGAGCUUGACAGUCUACCCCAUCAAAAGCUGCGGUGGUUGGCAGGUAGCUUCAAACACGUCUUGGGACGUCCACGCAGAAGGUCUCGCCUGGGAUCGAGAAUGGUGCAUCAUCAACCAAAGCACCGGCGCAGCCUUAAGCCAAAAAGCCUACCCACGCAUGGCCCUUAUCCGACCACAACUGGACUUCCAAGAAGGCGUCUUACGAAUCAAGAUCUCCGGCCAGACGGAGCAACUCACGAUCCCACUCUCAAAAGACCCCAGCUACUUCUCGACCCCAGCCUUCAAACCCUACGCCGCCAACGUCUGCGGCGACCCCAUCAAAGCCCGAAUCUACACCUCCUCGUCAAUCGCCGACUUCUUCACCCGCGCAAUAGGAAUUCCAUGCACCCUCGCCCGCUUCCCGGCCUCCGCCUCCUCUCGCCACAGCAAGACACACCUCAAACCCAGAACGACCACUCAAGCCCCACAACCAAUCCUCCUGAGCAACGAAUCCCCCAUCCUGACCAUCACCCGCUCCUCCCUCAACCGCCUCAACGAAACCAUCAAACUCACCAACGGCAAAGCUCCGCAUCCCUCCGUCUUUCGCGCGAAUAUCGUCCUCGCGGAGAGUCCCCUUCUCUCGCCUGGACAGGAACAGCCAUGGGUGGAAGAUACGUGGAGCGGGAUGCGAGUUGGAGGCGGUGGAGCGGGAGCAAGUGGUGGAGAUAGUGGCGGCAGUGUGGAAUUCGACUUUCUAGGCGGUUGUCGUCGUUGUCAGAUGGUAUGCGUGGAUCAGGAGAGUGGGGAGAGGAAUCAGGAGCCUUUUGUCACGUUGGCGAAGACGAGAAGGUUUGGGAGUGGGAGGGUGCUGUUUGGGGUUCAUACUGCUUUGAGAAGGGAGGGGGAUGAGCAAGCGGGAAGGGGAGGGGUGAUUAAGGUGGGUGAUGUGGUGGAGGCUUGGUGA